CCGGCCGGGGCCGCCAUUUUGACUUCCCGACCUUGGGCUCCUGCUGGCGGUUGUCUGCAGUUCACGCAGUGCGGUCAUGUCUGUGCUGACGCCGAUGCUGCUGAGGGGCCUGACUGGCCCGGCCCGGCGGCUCAUGGUGCCGCGUUCCCAGCUCCAUUCCAAGCCGCCGCGGGAGCAGCUCGGCACCUUGGAUAUCGCCAUUGGGCUCACCUCCUGCUUCCUGUGUAUCCUUGUGCCGUCGGGCUGGGUCCUGUCUCAUCUGGAGAGCUACAAGAAGCGGGAGUGAAGGGGGCUGUCCUCUCCCUCACCCUGGGACCUGACCAACCCCCGCCUAUCCUGAUCAUGUCUGCUGCAUUCCUGGCCAGCCUCCCCCGGACCAUGGCCUUCAGUUACAGAGAGCUCUUCUGCAUUCAUGACCUCUUGAUUUCUCCAUUGUGACAGCCUGGGACCACAUAAAUCAUUUAUAAAGCCCUGUUCGGUAGGGCCCCUUGGUAACAAUAAAGUCUAUUUAAACAUUGCUUCAGAAA